AAAUUACAGAAAAAUAUAGAAGAGAAGAUAGAUAAAGCCGUAUCUAACCUCAAAAAAUCGCCCAAGGCCCGGAUUACGAGUACAUACUUAGAAACAAGGUUAGACCUGUUAGAAGGCUACUGGAAAUGUUUCGAGAACAAUCAUCAAGCUAUCGUGUUAGAAUCCGAAGAUCCCAACAACACCUAUUUCACAUCUGAGACUUAUGACAGGGUCGAAGAGAAAUAUAUCGAAUAUAAAUGUCAGUUAAAAGAGGCCUUGAACAAAAUCAAACCACAAGCAAGCUUGCCGGCAAUAUCCACAGCUCACUCACACAAUAAUGAAGCCAAUGUAUCCAGUGCAGUGAAGCUACCAAGAAUUAUUAUCCCAGUGUUCUCCGGCAAGUAUGCAGAGUGGCCUACCUUUCAUGAUUUGUUUGAAUCUGUGAUCCAUAACAACCAAACUUUAGCACCUGUGCAAAAGCUCCAUUAUUUGAAAGGUUAUCUGUCAGGUGAGGCAGAGCAAUUAAUACGACACACACCCAUAACUGAUGCAAAUUAUGAACAAUGUUGGACAUUAUUAAAGAAAAGGUAUAGCAAUACUCGCUACAUCUCAUCAUGCAUACUCAAUCGAUUAAUAAGCCAGAAGACCUUAUCCACAGCAUCUUGUUAUGGUGUCAAACAAAUAUUGGACACAACAAAUGAAUGUUUAAGUGCUCUCACCAACAUGAAUAUAGAUGUUUCAUCCUGGGAUCUCAUUAUUAUCCACCUGGUCAUACAGAAGCUUGACCAGGAAUCCCGGAAACUAUGGGAACACAAGAUCAGUGACAACUCAGACUCACUACCAACCUUUAGUGAAUUUUCAACAUUCCUGGAAUCCAGAUUCAGAGCAUUAGAGUUCCUCGAUCCAAGUAACAAGAGAGAAACUAAACCAAAAGAAGCGGAGCGACCUAAGGUGUUCAGUGUUACUACAACAGCGUCAUCAAUAUCCUGUCCAUGCUGUGCAGAAGCUCACUUGUUGUACCAAUGUAAGCGGUUUGGCCAGGACUCAGUACAACAACGACGGGACUUUGUCAAAAAUAAGGCGUUGUGCUUCAAUUGCUUCGGAGCAAAGCAUUCUGCAACACAGUGCAAGCGAGAUACUUCGUGUAAGCGCUGCGGUCGUCGCCACCACUCCCUGCUGCAUCUGGACAGCGAGCAUCCACCUACAGCGCAACCAAGCCGAGUUAGUGAAGGGGAUAAGAUCCACGGCAAACAGCGUGAAGGUAUCCAGGAGAAGCCAGAGCAGAGGGAACCAGUCCCUAGUAACAUUGUGGCUCAUGCUGCUGAAGGGUCGAGUAUGCCCAAUAGUGAGGUAAUGUUAACUACGGCAUUAGUUAAGGUAGAAAAUAAGGGAAAUUGUCAUACACUUAGGGCAUUUCUUGACCAGGGUUCUCAAAUAUCAUUUGUGAGUGAGCAUACUGUUCAAUUACUUCAGUUACACAAGAUACCUGCAAAUGGUAGUGUUGAUCCUUCAGGACUGGGUGGGGAGAAAAUCCUAUUGUCAACACCAAUUAAACACAAGGUUCAAUUCAAAAUACAAUCCACUUGUGGCUCCUUUAGUUGUGUUGUUCAGGCAUAUGUGGUAAGACAGGUAACUAAUCCCAUUCCUUCACAGAAAGUUGAGAUUCACGAUUGGCCAGAGUUGAAGAAAUUAAAGAUGGCAGAUCCAGGAUAUGACACUCCAGGGCAUGUGGACAUGUUGCUGGGUGCUGAGGUGUAUGGACAGACUCUGAUAGAGGGUAUGGUACGGAAUCCGACGUCCAACCUGACAGCACAAAACACCGCUCUGGGCUGGAUCCUGUCAGGAAAAACGCAAGUCAUUCCUGGGACCAGGAAGUAACUUCCAACUUGCUGACGGAGUGGAACGAGUUUCGGGAGCAGCUGCCAGUUCUCAACAGCUUCAUCAUGCCAAGAUGGAUCGGUCUUCGGCAAGAUGCAAGUGAUAUCCAACUACAUGGCUACUGUGACGCCUCCAACGACGCUUACGCAGCAGUCGUAUACCUUCGGGUAGUGGAUCAUGAAGGUAAUGUCACAGUCCAUUUAGUCGCAGCUCGAACGAAGGUCUCGCCAGUCCGCCAGAUAUCCAUACCCCGGCUUGAGCUGUCCGGGGCAGUACUUUUAUCCAAACUGCUGGGAGAAGUAUCCGCUAUUCUAUCCAUCCUAGUCAGUCGUUGCAGGGCUUGGACAGACUCGACUAUAGUCCUAGCUUGGCUUCAAGGCGAGCCGGGCCGCUGGACAACGUUUGUUGCCAACCGCGUCACUGAUAUUCUAUCCAUAAUUAACCAUGAUCAGUGGGCGCAUGUAGAAUCCACCAGCAACCCGGCGGACUGUGCCAGUCGAGGAAUGUCACCAGCCGAUUUUAUCCAAUUCGAGUUGUGGGUCCACGGCCCAGUAUGGCUACAAGACCCUAACUACCAGCAUCCAAUAUCCGAUCCAGUAUCCACUGAGCUUGAAGCCAAGCCCAUGAAAGUACAUGUAUGUACUGUUUUAUCCACGGAUCAGCAAUCCGAAGAGUUGAGUGUUUGGACUAAAUACUCAUCUUUAUCCAAGACGGUAAGGGUAGUAGCUUACUGUCUCAGAUUUUGUAGAAAACUGAAAGGAGAAUCGUUUCCGUCCUAUCUGACAGCCAGAGAGCUCGAUAAUGCCUUAAAGGUAGGUAUCAAAGCAAGUCAAUCCUCAGCUUUCUCUCGGGAGUUAACUAACUUGAAUAAUUGUAAUCCAAUCCCCCGGAGAAGCAUUAUAGUAUCAUUGUGUCCCUUUUUGGACGAGGAUGGCAUUAUGAGAACUCGAGGUAGGAUAGAGCAUAGCGAUCAUUCUUAUAAUGUUAAGCAUCCUAUAAUAAUGCCCCAUGACCAUCAUUUAUCCAAACUGAUUGUGAGUGACGCUCACACAAGGACUCUCCACGGAGGUCCCCAACUCACCCUAAAUUAUGUACGAUCCAAGUUUUUAAUUAUCAAUGCCAAGAGCUUGAUUAGACACAUUUUAAGUAAAUGUGUGAGAUGCAUAAAGUACAAGGCUACCAAAAAUCAACCCUUCAUGGCUGAUUUGCCUAGUACAAGGGUAACUAUUGCUCGUCCGUUUCACCGCACCGGGUGCGACUAUGCCGGCCCUAUAAAUAUUAGAAUAUCCAAAGGUAGAGGAUGUAAGAGCUAUAAAGGUUACAUAGCACUAUUUGUAUGUAUGGUAACACGUUGUAUCCACCUGGAGGCAGUAAGUUCACUUACCACUGAAGGGUUUCUAGCUGCUUACAGACGGUUCGUCGCGCGUCGGGGUCCUUGUAAGGAAAUUUGGAGCGACAACGGCUCAAACUUUGUCGGUGCAUCCAAGGAACUGCGAGUCCUCUUCCAGCAGGGCGAGUCUUCUGUCAUGAAAGAGGUCGCUGAGGCCUUAGCUAAUGAAGGUACUGAAUGGCAUUUUAUUCCACCCCGGGCUCCCAAUUUCGGUGGACUUUGGGAGGCGGGUGUCGCCUCUACUAAAUACCAUUUAAAACGGGUCCUAGAUGGUACCACUCUCACGUUUGAAGAGUUAUCAACGGUUUUAGUCCAGGCGGAGGCUUGUUUAAACAGUAGACCCAUGUACCAGCUACC